AUGUUCAUUGUAGCAAUAACUGGAGGUAUUGCAACGGGUAAAAGCACGGUUACCAAGGUCUUCGAGCGCCAUGGCAUUCCAAUUAUCGAUGCAGACAAAAUUGCCAGAGAGAUUGUAGAACCAGGUCAACCAUGUUGGCAAAAGAUUCGCUCUGUUUUCGGCGACGAAGUCAUGUUGCCGACCAAGGAGUUAAAUCGGGCUGUGUUGGGUCGAAUAAUUUUCGAAAACAAGGAACUGCGUGGAAAACUGAACCAGAUUACACACCCGACAAUACAUCGCACAAUAUUUUGGCGUGUCUUUAAGUAUUUCAUGUCUGGCCAUGCUUAUAUCGUGCUCGACUUGCCAUUACUAUUUGAAACGGGCAUUCUAAUGGAUUUCAUCUACAAGAUAAUCACUGUGUCCUGCGACCCGGACAAGCAAAUGGAGCGUUUGUUAGCCCGCAAUGAGCUAUCGGAGCCCGAGGCUCGUAAUCGGGUUGAGUCGCAAAUGCCGCUGGAUAGAAAAUGUGAGAAAUCGCAUUUUGUAAUUGACAAUAAUGGAAGUGUUGAGGAAACUGAAGCCGCUGCCAUGCGCAUUUUUAAUCUGAUGCAGGAGAGCAAUAAGCAUUGGUACAAUCGUUUCUCAAUUUUGGGUGCAAUUCUAAUUGUAUGCUUUACCAUAUACUUCCUGAACAAGACCUUCGACUUCUGGCCCAAGUCGAGGAGUCUUUAAGCGUUCCUUGUAUGUUUUCAUGUGUGUCGUUACCUUGUUUUCUAUUUUUAUUUAUAUUACGUUUAUGAAUUUAUACCAAAAAUAUCUUCAGACGCACACCCGCAGAAUUUAGCAAAUAAAUUAUGAAAUAUGAAGAUUACAA